AUGACCGGGCCAAGUUGCUGCUCUUUCCCCUCAUUUCCGCUGUUCAGAUCAGCAUCACGUGCUGGUUCAAGCCCUUCUCCAACGAGCAAGCAGAGCCUUGGACCUCGAUGCCAAGGCUCUUGGAUUUUCUGGAGGUGCUGCUCUUGGCGUCUCGCUUCGUCUUCUUCACUGCAGCUUAUGGCUUUCACGCUCGCGGCCGUGAUCCUCGCUGUUUUCCUGUACUUCGCUGUGCAUGCGGUGGCGCAGUUCCUCCGUGAUCUUUCUCACAGAUUGGGUGAGGAAGAGGAAGUGCCGGAGGGAACGGACUUUGCGCGCGUCCUCGGGAGGCUUCAGCGGCCCUUGCGCGCCUGCAAACGCUUCACCGUGGACUACGUUGUUCCCUUGCUCCAGCAAGAUGACGACGACGAGCAGUUCAUUGUGGAGUGGUCGUGCUUCCAUGAUAAGGUGGUCUUCAACCCACCGUCCGCAAACGGGCGCUACUUCAAUCCCAGAUGCGAGUAUGUGUGGCGCAUGUGGAAGCGCACGAGAGCCGUGGUGCUACGCGUCGGCAGCUCCUACCAAGAACAGAUGAUGGCAAAGGCCUUUGAAGGAUUCGUCCAGAUGUGGGUCUGCCAAUUCCAUCAGCGAGAGCUCCCGCCGGUGCAGACGAUCCUGUGUGUGUUGGCGAGCACUCGCGCUGGUGUGGCAGAAAAGAUCAAGCCAGAAGAGCUCUCAUCCAUCUCUAUCCAACAGGUCCAGCGCUUCUGCGACCUCUCCGACCCAGGCGGUCCUCAAGGACUGGCGCGCUUCUCUCUCGACGAGUUUGGAAGAGCAUUGCGUCGGCUUGGCAUGAUGCCCGCGGCGGAUGCAGUCGGACUCGUUCAGGAGGUUUGCAGGCUCGUGGAAGAGACGCGGGCAUCGAAGACCGGUGUUUAUGCGGCAAAGGCAAGUGGUGAGGCAUCGAGCGCUGAACACUUGACAGACAAAGAUUUCUGUCUCGAGGAUUUGGUGGAGCUCUAG